AUGCUCCCGUGUAAACAUGCAAUAUGUGACACUUGUGUCGUGAUCUUCGGAAAGCCAAGUCGUCUUGGGGAGUACCAUUUCGAGGUUGCUCAAUGUCCCAUCUGCGAAGAGAGGUCUGACGUCACCGUUCGCCAACUGCCUCCAACGAAGCCCCCUGUGAUUCUCACUUUAGAUGGUGGUGGAGUGCGCGGCCUGAUCCAACUGGGCCUUCUACGGGCUUUAGAAAGUCGCAUUGGCAUUCCGAUCGCAUCUUUGCCGGACCUGUGCAUUGGAACCAGUGUAGGCGCAUUGACGGCAAUUGACGUUUUUCUCAAUCAAUCUUCGGUCACGCAAUGUUUCGAUGCGUUCCUGUACCUGGCGCGAAACAUUUUUUGUCAUUCGUCCAAAACCCCAAUUCCUCGCUGUAUCCGGUGGUUUGCCUCGGCGUUCAACUUGACCACAGAUGGUUUUUAUAAUUCCGAAGGUCUGUCGAAGAUUUUGAAAGCAGCCGUUAACCCAUCUCGUCGUAUGUUCGAUGUCGCCACCGCUAAUCCUGCGGGAUGCCGGAUCGCCAUUGUAGCAAGCCGCACAUCUGAUGGUAAAGCCUGCGUGCUAGCUAAUUACCGAGGAACAAGUCCACGUUCCACCAAUACCGCCUACGAGUUUCUAACUCCACACAACGACCGACAAGACCCUUCCUUACUUGACGCCUACUUCCAACCAAAAGAGUUGCCAGGCCUUUCCCUGCAAGACGGUGGGGUCCGUGCGAACAACCCACUUGCCAUUGCUUUGCGAGAGUCGAGCAUCAUCUGGCCCAUGGCGAAACGACACGACCUUCUCCUCUCUGUCGGAACAGGCUUCUCCACAUCUCCCCCCGGUCGUCCAACGGGCAUACUAGGUCGAAUCUGGGAGGGGCCUCUUCCCCGACUGUUCCGGGCUAUGAUGUGCUCUCCAUCUAUGGAUGGAAAGCAAGGGUUUUUGGAAGCUCUGAAUUACCUACCCCAUCUGUCGACGCCUGAUAUUUUCCGACUAGACCAGGCAAUCGAUGGGACGCUCCCUGGAUUAGACGAUGUGUGCUCGCUGGAAGCGAUGUCGGAUAUGGAUUUUGCAGUUCCAGCCGAGCUUGUGAGGACCAUUCUCGCGUCGGCAAUGUUUUUCUUUGAGUUGGAUGAAACUCCCAUCCAGGGCAAGGCUUCAUUUCAUUGUCGGGGAUCUGUUCUUUGUUCAAGACCAAAUCCUGCCGAGAUCUUGCAGCGGGUGCUUGUCGAGUUCCCCGGCGCCAGAUUUAAGUCUGGUCAGGAUCUUGAUUUAGGAAGCAUAGAUCUAGUCGACAUUUGCCGGUUUUGUGGAUACUUCAGGAAGCGUGUUGAUUUUCGGGUCACCAGCCUUGACAAAAUGGUCACAAUUGAAAUUGCCAAUGAUACCUUUCGCGAAAGGAUUGGUGGUUUCCCCAAAUCGGCGCAGGAAUUCCUCGAUGAGCAAAAGGCUUACGCCCAGUUCGGUCGCGCAGAUCAUCAAGAUCAAGAAUGGCCGCCGCAGAGAUCUUGUUACUUCUAUCGCGGGUCAAAGCGACUAGUUCACUUCCUGGAGCCUGCUUUGGGGCAGAAAAGGCGGCGGUUAUGA